AUGCACAUCCGGUGGCAUUUCUUGCUGACCUGUGGCGUUGUAGUUCUUUCUCAGAAGAACAAAAUGGUACUUGGGGUCAAGGCGACAGAGUCAUCCGAACCCUCUGUGACAGCAAUCCCGAAAGAGAAGUUUCAAGUUGCUGCAUAUGGUGACCCUGCUUCUGCACAUGGAUACCCAACCUUGAAGCCUCCGACAUCGAAUACCUGCAGCAGACAAACAGUCACCAUCACCAAUGGAGGAACUUCGGGCUGUCCGCGACCGUCUACUAUAACGAAGAGAUUAACACUUACCUCGCGAUAUGUCACCACCUCUAUCUCGACUUCCAAAUUUACGACGACAUGUACAGAGUAUAUUACAGUGACGAACACUAAGAAAGUAACAACAACGGAAACCAAGGUAAAGAAGAUGCUUAUCGACUUCAAACUCCCUGCUGAUUCUGACCAGACUGAUGUAUCAACAAUCACCCGGCCCGGUGUCAAUAUAACCACUACGACAACUUUCACGACUAUUUCCCUCGUACCCACAACUCAAACUAGUUUCCAGCCAACAACGGAGAUCUCGCUGGUUACGACACUAGUGCCGACGACGGUAGAGGUGACUGAAAUUAUACGAACCACGGAUUUCAGCAUCACAACAACAACUUAUACCUCUGUCACGACUUCAGUAACCACUGAAUAUGUCCCCACCACUAUCAUACUGUCUGGAAUGACAUCGAUUUCAACACAAACUGUCGUUGCGACAGUCACAGAGACCCUGACGCUUACUGACACUAUCUCGCUAACGCAAACGGUUGAAAUCUCCAUUCCUGGGCCCACACAAACUCUACUCGAGACGACGACUGAAGUUUCUUUUAGCAUCAGCACACAACUUAGUACAUUGACCUUACCACCUGUAGUCAUUGUAACAACGACGACAUUGCCAGCCUCGACUCAGGUUAUCACGACAGAAUUACCAGCAAGCACAAUCGUGUCAACGGUAACAUCAACCUCGACACUUCCGCUGGUUACCCUCACUACAACUAGUGUUGCUCCACCCGAGACCAUAAUCAGCACCACAACACAGCCAGGACAGAUGGUCACGACGACAUUGCAAGUCCCAGGAAGCGCUUCAAUCAUCACAACACAGCUACCACCAAGUACCAUUUUGUCAACUAUCACAUUGCCUCCUGUUACAUCGACAAUAACGACCCAAGUUCCAGUGACCACUUCAGAAUCGACGCUACUUUCGACCUUGACUUUACCUGCUUCGACAGUGGUCACGACGAUCACAUUGCUGCCUAUUACUUCCGUAACAACGCUCACACUCCCUGGUUCUGUCUCGAUAUCCACUGCGCUUAUCACCAAAACUGUGAUUAUAACCCAAGUCUUGCCAACGACAACUCCACCGACGUUGACACCCAGUCCUUCCUCAACAUCUUCAGCGUCAAUUUCUUGCACAAGCGACUGCCAAAUCGACGUCACAGCAACACAGUUGGGGUAUCCGGGGGUUGUAGUGGUAUCUACUGUCGAAGUUCCUGUUGUCACCUUGUUCAUCACAACAAAUCCCGACGGCAUCCCAGUCAGCUCCUCGCUCUUCACCAGCGUGAUUCCGCCAGACCCAACCCUCACCUGGGAUUAUUCGGGUAUCACUCUGACCUAUCCCACAACCUAUGCCGUGUACGAAACCUUCAGCCACAUCUCCGUCGAACCCGUUGGCACAGUCUGCCUUGGCUCCACACUCACGUUGGCUUUGCCCUCGCCGACGAAUUACGAGCCGCUGAUCGUCGUGUACGAUCAAAUCCCGAAUCCAGACUUUGUCGCCCCGACAGUGGUUGAGUACUUGAACGGCCUUGCUACCGUUACGGAACAGCUGGGCAGCACGAUUGGAACAGGUGCAUGUGACCCAAACGCCAAAGCCACGGAUAAAACGAGUACCUCGUCACGAGUGACGACCAUGUUCAAGACACGGGGAACCGUUGGCACGUUGACGAAAUUUGUCGCACAAGCUGAUGAGCUGCCAACUUCUACGGGAGCUGUUUCAGUCGUGGUACCUUUUUCAAGUGCGGCGCAGCGUAUUUCAUCAACACUACUACCGCCACCUUCCACUGCGGUCAUGUCCCGUAAUCCCCCCUUUCCUAUCCUGUCCUCUGGCAUUGUUUCCAGCAGUCAACCUCCCAUGGCCAUGAGUACACCGCGCCUCACCUCAUCCAGUGCAAUGGUAUUGUCUAGUAGCCAUGUGCCUCCCUCAAGCAGCAUCGAUACUUCAUCCUCAUCCGGUUCUGCGCUUCUUUCGAAUAGCCUUGCUAAUUCCAGUUCUAAAGGUAUCUCGACGUCUCCCGGCCCUUCGUCUUCGUCCAGCGCCCCACUCCUUUCAAGCCUUGCGUCAACGCGGUCCACCACUAGCGCCAUCAACCGCACAAGCAGCGCGCUCUUUUCAAGCACCAAUUCUUUCAAUUUUACGGCUGGUGCUGUUGUCCCCACGGGCCAUAUUGUGGGUAUGUUACUUGGUGUUGCAGGGCUUGGUCUUGGACUUUUCUAA